AUGGAUUGCAAGGAAAAAACGAUUGAACAUGUAUACAGUAAUUGGGAGAAUUCAUAUAAUGAGCUUCCACAUUAUUUGUUAGCUCUUAAGAAAUUUGUGCCGGGUACCGUGGUAAAAAUGCAAACACUUCCGAUAAUUACAAAUGACGACACUAUUGAUGGUACCUGGUCAUAUGGUAAGUACAAAGGUACGCUACCAAUGGCGGUGGCACAAGAUGGUAACAAUAAUAUCUUUCCAGUUGUGUUUGCUCUUGUGGAGGACAAGCAUGCAACAAUUGAAAGUGAGUACAAUAAUCCAGACAAUGGUUGGCAUGAUCCUCCAUCUGUACAUGUCAACUGUAUCAAACAUAUCGCACAAAAUUUCAUGAGGGAAAUCAAAGACUGUUAUGCUUUAAACCGACCAACAUUUCACUACUACCGAAAUCAAAUUGGCAUGGCUAAUGGUGAUACUUUAAUGUGGUUAGACAAUAUUCCUGUGGAAAAGUGGACAAGGGCAUAUGAUGGAGGUCGGCGUUGGGGACACGUGACAACAAACCUAGCUAAAUCGAUGAACUCUUCCUUCAAAGGCACACAUUUGAAUUCUGGACAAACAUUUACAGAAAGCUGCAUAAAGGUGAUGAAAGAAGAAACAACAAAAUCCAGCUCGUAUCAUGAAAGAAUAAUUGACUACAAUCAUAACCCUUUCAGUGUGAAGGUGACAAUGGACCAUGGUGAGGGAAAAUAUAUGGGAGAUUACAAGGUAAACCUAAGAGAUCUUUGGUGUGACUGCGGAAAGUAUCAAGCAUACUGUGUUCCUUGUUCACACGUUAUUGAUGCAUGUUCUGUGGUGCGCCAAGACGCAUAUGCUCUGUUGUCUGACGUUUACGGGGUCUCUAACUUAUUCGGUGUUUACAGCACAAGUUUUCUAGUACUACCAUUAGAUGAGUAUUUGCCCUCUUUGAUGGAGAUCAAAUUUGCCACAACCCAAUAA